AUGUCAUCAAGCAAAGAUACCAUUGGGUUGUUUGGUGACGCCAAGAUUUUUGAAAUUAAAAAUUCAGAUGAUGAGGGAUCGUCCAACAAGGUCACCAAGAAGAGGAAGCUGAGAAGGCUGGUGAAGGCGUCCGAUGCAGGUGCCAAGGCUAAGAAGAAGAAGACUCCCACCCUCGAGGGGGUAGAGAAGCAGGUCGAGGAGCCAGUCCCGAUCGAGGUGGAAAGGGGAGAUGAUCCCUCGAAGGCUACCUCUCCCAUUAUUGAAGAGGUGGAGGCUUCAAUGCCCGAGAGCCUGGUACCCGAGGCAGGUCCAGCGACGGAGCGGCAUCCGGAGUGGUUCAAGCCGAUUGAAGCCUCUCUCGAGAAGAAAAAUGUCGAGGACACCGACGGAUCAUCAUCAUACACUGCUGCCGCUGCCAUAUAUCAUUUUGGGGACAACAAGAUCGAGUGCCCCAUUAUCGAGGAGGUCGCGGCAACUUUGACGGAGGAAGAAUCGCUGAAAAUGGUAAUAUUUUCCUCUCGAGUUAUGUCUUCUCGGAGAUCUCGCGCUGCUCCUGUUAACGUUUCAUGUUUGUUGCAGCUAACUACAGCUAUGGCUAGCAUUCUCAUGCGUGAGAAGAUGUUGAAACGGGACAUUGUCAGCCUUCAGACUGAGAGAGGGUUCCUGGAACAAGAGAGGCAGUCGAGUGAAGCCUCGAGAAAGGAGGAGGAGGCUCUGAGACUGGCUAGGGAGCAGGAGCUGGCCGGUGUUCAGGCCAUGUACAAGGAGCUUGAGGCCAAGCUUAAUGAGGUUAAGGCUCUGGGGGGACAUGGCGUGGCUGUUGCUGCCCUUGAAAGGAUGGAAAGUGGGAAGACCAUCAACGCUGGAUGGCUUCAGCAAUUUAUAAGGCCGCAUCCCAAGAAGACACUCCACGAAGCCCUCAAGAAAGGAGUGCAGCAACUUUCCGACGGCCAACUUCCUCUAUUUAGGCUGCUGUGUGGCACUGUUCCUGAGAUGAAAUCCUCAACGGAGAUCUCAUCCUUCAAGUGGGAGGUCCUCACGGUGCUUCCUGAUGACGCCGGAGAAGAGGUACGCGUGCCAGAGUUGGCUCCCGACUUCAUCGGCGUCGAGGUGGAACGGGAGGAGGACUCUUCGGAGGGACCAGUCGAGGACGAUGGACAAAGCAAUCCCGAACCAGAGGGAACGUCAGUCCCUCCUUCUGCCGAGGAAACCAAUGAAAACCAGCCGACACCGUCGCAGGGCCAGAAGGAAGAUUCGUACUUUCUUCAUCAUUUACAUCUACUGAUUCUCGAGGAAGAGGAGGUUACUCAGUUUCCCUUGUACGCGAUGAUCUCCUCGAUUCUGAGGAAAUCCGGGGACGUCCACAAUACUAGCAAGCAAGAGGAAGAGUGGAAGCGCCGGCUUCACCAGUAUGACUUGGACUUCCAUGCUUCUUUAUCCCUCGAAGCGAACAUUUACGAGGAGAUGGAUAAACUAAAGUCGGAAAACUCUCAAUUGAGGAGACGUGAGAAGAUUGUUAUUUCUCCAUGGUUUCUCGAAAAGCUCGACACACUUGCUUUGGUCGAGUCGCAGAUAAAGAUCCGGACUGAACGUUUUAUCGCCGCCAUUGACCUCCUGAAGAAAAGAACCAAGGAGGUGGAGUUCUAUUCGAAGCAAGCUGCCAUUCUGCAGAAUAUACUGGUGGACAAUGAGAUUUCCUUGCCCAUUCUUGAUGACCUUGAUCCAGAGGGCGAAGCUCAGGUGCGAGCUGCUGCCGAGGAAUAUCUUCUUAGAAUCAAUGAUCAAGACUAG